UCUAUGAUAGGCCUAUUUCUAUCACGAUUUACUCAUUUAAUAUUCCAACGUUCAAGGUACGAGAUGCAAUGUCACAAUUUUAUAACUAGAUGUCAUUGAAGUGUUGGGUGUUGCUUGGAAGCAGGCAGCGGAGGCACAUUUACUGAGAACCAGGCUAUAACUGGAGAGAGCAUUCCUCAACACCAGUCACAGUGGAGGCGGCGGUUUCUCCCGUGCACAUAGCCCACUCCACGCUUUUGGUGCACUCCAAAGGGGCGAAGGAGGAGGACGACGGCGGCGUGUUGUUCCUUAAUGAGCCUCUGAUUUCUUCAUUUUCAUCGUAAUCUGGAUUAAAGAACGGCUUGUAUUUUGGGCGUGUUUCAAGGCGAGAGCUGCGAUGUCGGAGUUUUUGGUGAAUCUACUCGGAGAGCGGCUCGUCAACAGUGAGAAAGCCGAGGUAGAUGUGCAAGCACUGGGCAGCAAGCUGUCCCUGGUCGGGCUGUACUUCGGUUGCAGUUUAAAUGGCCCUUGCAAGCAAUUCAACGCCAGCCUGUGUGAGUUUUACAGUAAGUUCAAGAAAACAUCGGAACACAAAGACAAAUUGGAAAUCGUCUUCAUCUCGUCUGAUCAGGACCAGAAACACUGGCAGGACUUCUUACAAGAGAUGCAGUGGCUGGCGUUGCCUUUUAAAGACAGACACAAAAAGAUGAAGCUGUGGAACAAGUACAAGGUGACCAGUAUCCCCUCGCUGGUGUUUGUGGACGCGACCACGGGGAAGGUGGUGUGUCGGAACGGCCUGCUUGUGGUGCGAGAUGAUCCAACAGGUAAGGAACACAAGCCAACAGCUCUAUCUCCAGAGCCUUCACCUCCUCUCCGCACUGAAACCCGUCCAGUAACCACCCCAAGCACAUCACCAGAGGACAUGGCCCCUGUAGUUUGGUUACGGGUAGUUUUGCCGGUAGCUGCUGUCAUGCAGAAAUGCCCCCCUUGCCGCAGUCUCACUCGGGUGCUGGUGGAAUCGUAUCGUAAAGUAAAGGAGUCUGGACAGAAGUUUGAGAUAGUGUUUGUCAGCGCCGAUAGGUCAGAAGACUCGUUCACACAGUAUUUUAGUGAGAUGCCCUGGCUGGCCAUCCCCUACUCGGACGAAGCCCGUCGGUCACGACUUAACAGACUCUAUGGGAUCCAAGGUAUCCCCACCUUGAUCCUGCUGGACACAGAGGGCCACAUGAUCACGCGGCAGGGCCGUGUGGAGGUGCUGAACGACCCGGAGUGCCGGCUGUUCCCGUGGCACCCGCGGCCCGUGCUGGAGCUGAGCGAGUCCAACGCCGUGCAGCUCCACGAGGGGCCCUGCCUGGUGCUGUUUGUGGAUGCUGAGGAGGAGGGCGAGCUGGAACCGGCUAAAGAACUCAUCCAGCCCAUUGCAGAGAAGCUGCUGGCCAAAUACAAGGCCAAAGAGGAGGAGAGCCCCCUGCUCUUCUUCGUGGCUGGAGAGGACGACAUGAGCGACUCGUUGCGCGACUACACCAACCUGCCCGAGGCAGCACCCCUGCUCACCAUACUGGACAUGUCGGCCCGCGCCAAAUAUGUGCGAGACGUGGAGGAGAUUACCCCCGCCGUGGUGGAGCAGUUUGUCACCGACUUCCUGGCCGAGAAGCUCAAGCCGGAGCCUAUUUAAGAGCACAAAGAGGAACAUGGGAUGGCACUAGACACAGAACAUGACCUUUAUCAACUCAACGCCAUAGAUACCCCCCUCCGAGCCCACAGUCAUUUCAAGUUCCCCAGAUCUGACAUCUCCGUCGACCCUGAUUCUUCCAGACUGUUAAAGAGCCCAACUUCAUACUUUGUUUUUUUGUUACUUUUCCCAGUCCUCUGCCGCUCCUGUGGUGCCUUGCGUUGAUGAAUUGAUGACUGUCCCCAACAGUAAAGUACAGAUAUACCGUUACUUCUUUUAGCAUCCUUGAAGUUUGUUUGCCUCUCCUUUUCCUGGUGUUUCAUGAUGAGAAUUGCUUGAUGAAAUCCCACAAAGACCCAAUGGACUUGAAUGUCAAAUGUUGCAAAUGUGCUUUGGCUUUUUUUUUUUUUAUCAAUGUGACUUCACACCUUUUAUUUUAGGUAUGUCCCGUAAAAGAAUAAAAUGAUUAAACAGAUUUUAAGUUGAUAGCCGUGUUUUAUAUACAUAUUGUGCAAAACAUUCUUUUUUGUAGUAUUGUCUUUCCAGAAUGUACCUCUGAGUAUGAAAAUGCUGCAAAAUAUGCACCUGACACAAUUGUGUUGUUGCUUCAUCUGACAAGUGGUCAUAUUAACAUGUCUUCACUGCAUUUCAGGUUUUAUUUUUUA